GCCACCCCAACAGCAGCAGCAACAGCAACAGCAGCAGCAAGAGGUUCCCUACUACUCGCAGCACCACCAGAGCCCGUACAGCACCAACAGUGCGCCAAGCAACUAUUCCUCGUCAGAAACGCCAGAGCUCAUGGCCGCUGCGACUAUGAAUCGAGCGGGCUAUCCCCCAAUUUCAUACCACACGCCUCAGUCAAACUCACCUGCAUCUGUUCAAUCGCCACAGCACGACCAGCAUGGACGGCCAAUCUAUGGACAGCCGCCAAGCCAGAUGCCCCAGUCAAUGUACUACACACCGUACGCAUCGGCGCCAGUAGCUCAGCAAUCACCCUACCCUCAGCAUCCUUCAAGCGCCCCCCAGCAACCCAUGGCGACGCAAUCGCUGUUAAUGUCUCAGCAGCAAAACCAGCACAUGCAGCACCAGCACCAACAUCACCCGCAAACCCCUGGAAUGACCGGAAGCCCCAAGUCGAGGAUGUCACAAACGCCUCUUCAGCGGCCACCAUCAGGACUUGGUCCCCCACAAGCCCCGCCUCAAGGUCCUCCAGGUGGUGCGCCCAACAUGCACGCAGGCCCUCCUGGAGGGCCCAACGUGAACCCAAAUGCUGCGCCUGGUCCUAUUCCUGCCACUACCCCACUUGUUGUACGGCAGGACCAGAACGGCGUGCAGUGGAUUGCUUUUGAGUACUCGCGCGACAGGGUGAAGAUGGAGUACACGAUUCGAUGCGACGUGGAGUCGAUCAAUGUCGACGAGCUUCCCCAGGACUUCAAGACGGAAAACUGCGUCUACCCACGCGCGUGCUGCGCCAAAGACCAAUACAAAGGCAACCGGUUACACUACGAAACUGAGUGCAACACCGUCGGCUGGGCGUUGGCGCAAUUGAAUCCAUGCCUGCGAGGAAAGCGCGGUCUCAUUCAGCGAGCAGUCGACAGCUGGCGGAAUAGCAACCAAGACCCGCGGCUGAGGAGCCGACGCGUGCGGAGAAUGGCCAAGAUGACGACCAGGAAAGCUCAAGCAGCUACACAUGGUAACCACAUGGCUGGGCCAGGUGGACCAGGUGCUCCUGGGGUGCCUAAUUCAGCCGGCCUAACAGCACCCCCUCGACAACCAAACAUGGGCAUGGGAGGUCCCCAGAUGCACCAUCACCACGAUGGUCCACCUCAUGGAGGAGCGGAUGAUGUUAGCGCCAAUGACUACGGUGAAUCGCAAACUCAUCAUCACCAAGCGCCAAACGGACAACCCUCGCCCAGCGAUGUGCGACAAACUCAGAACUUCUAUCCUACUUUUCCGUCAAGCGACUCUGUGGCCGGCUCGAGCGGUAUGCCGCCCAUCCACGACGGUCUACACCAUCCUCCGCCCCCGCCCCAUGCCGCGGGUGUCCCCGUAAUUAAGCAGCAGCCGGAUCAAGACGAGGAAGAGAGGAAACUAGCCAUGUUUGGCGACCUACCUGAGUCGAAGCGCCGCAAAUUCAUCCUUGUAGAUGAUGCGCAGCGUGGGACUAGAGUGCGAGUACGCGUUACCCUCGACACCGUAAAGAUGGAGGAAAUGCCAGACUCGUAUCGCAAAUCAAACUCGGUAUUCCCACGCAGUUAUUUUGCCAUGCAGAUGACUUCGCCACCCGCAAGCCCCCGCGGCAGUAAGGUCUUCAGCGACGAGCCUGACCUUGAGAACGACCCCAGCUUCCCUUUGGCAGGUUCUACCAGUGUGCCAGUGCCAACUAUGGACGGUGAAGUCCGUGUCCCGAAGCCGCGCCUGACGCGCGCGAAGCGUUCGAAGGAAAUCACUCUCAACGAUCUCGGCUACCGCAUGAGUUGGAGUCAAAGCCGUGUGUUCGCUGGGAGAACUUUGUUCCUGCAAAAGUCUCGCCAAGAUGUCACGCAAGUCGCGCCCCAUUUUGAGACGCGCGUGGGCAAGCGGCGGUGGAACGAGAGAAUCGAGAGACACAAGAGGACGAGGCGCGACGGCUCGCCUUAAGAAGGUCUCCGGCCACAAGAACCGAAUCUGAUGCCCCGGUUGCAGACAACCGUUUUUUUCGGUGUGCCCGCUUUUCCGGCACGCACUUGCAGGGAGCCCCUACGAACGACCG